AUGGCGGCGACUCCCUCCCACGGCCGCUUCAAGUUCACUCCCUCCAACUCUCCCUUCUUAGCUCGCCCAACUCGGACCUCCAGGUCACCCAUGCGCGGUCGCACCACCUUGAAUGACUCCUCCAAGCUCUCCUUGAAGCGUGUUAUCGGCACCACUUGCUCCUCGCCCACGGGCUUCGACACACUACCCUCCUCGUUCGCUUAUAUCGCCGGCGGCGCUGUCGUUGUGGUGGAUGUUGAUGGAGAGAAUCAUACCCAACGCUUUUACCGAGCUCGACCAACUGCUGUACCUCUGUACUCAGUAGCAACAUUUCAGAAUACACCUUCGACACCUACAGGAACUCCCAAGGCCAACGACAGCCGCGGCCGUGUUGCACCAAGCUUUCGAAACUCGCCUCAUGCCUCCACUGACUGGAACGAAUCUCCCGGAAGCAACACAUGGACCAGCCGUGAACGAAUCAAAGCUGCUACAUGUCUCGCGCUGAGCCGAGACGGUAAAUAUUUGGCUGUUGGCGAGACUGGAUACGCACCUCGUGUCCUGAUUUUUAGCCUGCACGAUACUUCUUCGGAUAUCCCCCUCAUCUCUAUUAGUGAGCAUGCUUUUGGCGUCACAGCCGUAGCAUGGUCCUCAGACACUCAGUACUUGGCAUCCCUUGGUGCCGCCAACGAUGGAUUUAUCUAUGUUUGGAAGGUCGACCCUCGCACGGGUGCGGCCAGGCUCUUCAAACAGAACAGGUGCACAUCCUAUGUCAAAGACAUGGUCUGGAUGGGCAACUGUCUCAUUACGCUUGGAGUCCGCCACGUGAAGAUGUGGAAGCCCGAUGACGGGCCAGCCAUUUCUCCUACGAAGCAAAAAUUCUUGAAUGACCAGCCACCGGCGUCGACUCCUCCCUCUCAGAGAACCCUGCCAGGGCGUAAUAUCUUGCUGGGGUCUCUUCUGGAAACUACUUUUACUUGCGCUGCUGUUGUCAAAGACUCCGGCCUUAUCCUUUGCUCUGAAACGGGCGAUGUGUGCAUUUUGGAGGACGACGACAGGCAGAUGAGGUUACAAAAAGUCCUUGGUCUGGACUUUUCUAUCACCUCGAUUGCCAUCCGAGGCAAUCUUGCCUACAUUGGAGGCAAAAACGGUCAUUUCGCCGUGCUGGAUGCCGAGGCUGUCUUGGACGGCAAGCCCGCAUCAGCAUGCAUCCGCGAGACGACAGCGCCCUCCACAGGGCACGUCGCGCUAGGAUUUCUGGCGGACAAGCUCGUGACUAUCGAUUCACGGCAUUGUAUCGACAUCUGGAAUUAUGACCAUGUUCCGGGCAAGGAUGCCCAAGCUGUGGCCAGCGUCCCUAUUCCUGGCCAUGGACAACCAGUUACGGGCAUCCAGAUGCUACAGAAGCCGAAUUAUCUGGACGCAUCGUUCCUGACUUGGACAGUCACAGGCAAUGUUACUUUCUGGACACUGGAAGGCCAAGUCAAAGCCUGUGUUGAUGUCCCGAUUGAGAUCACCGAGUCGGAGAAUGACCUGGUGGGACCUAUCAACCAGCUAACGUGCGCUCGCACAACGAGUGAUGGCAAGCUGCUCGUCUCAGCAGAUCGACUUGGUGUCCUGCGCGUCACCGACAUUGCGACAAAGGACUCCAUACUCGACAUCAAGGCUCACACGGCCGACUGCCGUUGCGUGAGCGUUUACGAUACCGGCUCAAAGUUCCUCAUGGCUUCUUGCGGUAGGGACCGCACCACACAACUUUUCCACCGGACAGUGGAUGGCUCUAUCGAGCACUUCCAAACACUGGAAUUUGCUGCUAAGGUCGUUCAAGUCCUCAUCCCGUCUGACGACAAGGUGUUGACUUGCUCCUUUGACCGGACGUUGCAAAUAUACGACAUUAUUACAAAAGAAGGCGAUCCAGAUGCUAUCGCCGCCAUUCCUUCUAGGGUUAUUUCACUAAGAGCUUCUCCCAGUUCCAUGGUCCUGGGCCCCGGCCAAAGGACCGUAUUUGUUUCGCUUUUGGAUCGAUCCAUUUGCCAAUACGACCUCAACACGGGUCGCAAGAUUUCUUGUUUCAAGUGCACGGACGAGGGCAGGGGAGAUUCUGCUGUUCUCGACUCGCUCUCUUUUGGCCAAUGGCCACCCAAAGACCAGGAUUUUCUAUUAGGGACAUCCAACACGGACAAGUCCAUCAGGUUAUAUGACGCCCAAACGGGCAGUUUCUUGGACCGCGAAUGGGGACAUACGGAAGCAAUCAACGGGGUUUGCUUGGUUGAGGACGAAGACGGAAGCCGCAAGGUAGUGAGCGUUGGUUCGGACGGGACCAUGAUGAUUUGGUUGUUGGAUCUGAACGAUCCGGUCCCCGGUUCGAUGAGUAGGGAUCCAUCGCCGGCCAAGGAUAUUGUUUCUGGACGGCCACCACUCCGGAGAGUAUUAUCAAAAGCUGAACUGGCCGAGUUUCAGCGCCCUUCGACAGCAUCAGGUCGAAGAUCACCACCACGGACGCUCCAGCGACGGACUUCUCGAUUCAAUUUGGCUGCGAGUGUGACAAGGACGCCGACAAACACCUUCCCAACGAGCCCUGGCAGCACAGCUGUUGAAGAUACACCCUCGCGACGACCUUCAGGAGACAGCCGAGUCAGUCCUCCAGUUAGUCCCAGAGCAAAGGUCACUCGGCGGCCAUCACUCCCGGCGUUGGGGACAACUGCUCGCAAGAAGACAUCAUCCUCCAACCUACGGUCUGGUUUUGGAUCAUUAAAUAUGGCGACAGAACAGACCUGUCGUCAGUUGCGAACAUACCGAAAGAAACUUGCUUCCUCGGAACCCAUCAGUCAAGACAACCUGACCGAACUGGAUCAGGAGCUGCGAUUGACAGCGGCUGCGCUUGGCGAUCGGGCCAUUCGAAGCAAGGCGAUGAACGAGACGGUCUUGAGUGGCUUACUCGACCAAUACUCGGAGAGGCUGACCGUGAUCGUGGCGCCGGUUCAUCUUCUUGCGAGACGUGAAGGCCCCCUGGAUAGCUGGCGAGGUGGACCGCGGGGCAUGAAUCAACCGGCCGCCUACACGCCCCUCGAGUCGCUGUUGCUAUUCCAGUCGGUGGUGACCAAUGGAGUCGACACUGGGGCCUUCGCGCGCAUCUCGGAGUCUCUGAUCAGCAACUCGCUCAUCAAGGAUGAUCCUACAUACGAUCCCACGCGACUGCAACCGGAUGCGCUGCAUCAGCUGUUCCUGCUGCUGCUAAAGGAGGAGCUCAGGACCGAGGCGGAGCGCGGGGAUGCGACAGCAGAUGGAUCACCAGGGUCAAGGAAGAGGAAGUUGGGGACGCCGCCGCUGCCGACGCUUAAGGAGGUCUACGAAAAUGUCGAAAAAAUACCCGCGCUUGUCGAGACACUCUACGCGCGAUACCGCGAAAACAUCGUCAAGCAGAUCCGCGAGGACGAGCGGCGAUUCGAGAAUGUCCGUGGUGAGAUUCAGCUGCUUGAGCGGACUGAGAGAGAGCGACGCGCAAGGGCCGCAAGUCAGAAUGGAACACCAGUGCUCGCCUCGCGGGAUGCGAAGCCUGUCCUCGCGCCCAACGGGCCAACCGCAUCACCGACUCCAACCCCGAACUCUUCGACGCCGGCAACUGUGCGGCGGGGACCUACACCGCAUACGCCCGUGAUACCACCAAAGCCUCCGACUUCUCACGUUGCGCCGCCAACUGUUGCUCCGCCAAGCCAUCUUCCCUCUGGGACGCCGCCAGUCCGACCUGCGGCAUCUCCAAAGCCUCCUAAUGGGAGUGGUUCUGUUCUUCAACCUCCCGCAGGUGUCCCCCAAACUGGUCCACGACCACUGCAACCACCGCAAGCGCACCCUCCGAAGCAGGCACUUACUCCACGGCCCGAGGUUGGAAUCAAGCCAAAGGAAGCCAAUGCGACUCCUCAGACUGUGACGCCGGUAGCGGCUCCCCUCAAGUGGGAGAAGCCCCUCCUACACAAGGACCGACGGCUCCUCCAGGGGUACAACAGCAGCAACAGCAGCAGCAUCAACCACAGCAGCCACACCAUCAACAGCAGCAGCAUGUACAACACCCGCAACAGCAACAGCAUUGGUACCCUCAGCAAACUGCUCAGUUUUCUCCUCAAACUGCUGCUCAACCUCGCCCUCAGACACCGCAACACGCUCAACACCAGCCUCGACCACAGGCACCUGCUCAACAUCCACCACAGGCCCAGCAGGCUCAGCAAGCUCAGCACCAACCACAGCAACAUGCCCAGCAACAUGCUCAGCAGGCUCAGCAUGCGAAACCGCAGCAUCAGCAACGACCAAAUCCCCCUCAAACUCCCCAAACUCCCCAGCACCCGCAGCCCUCUCUACCACAGCAUGCCACCCCCCAACAGGCUCAACACCCUUCACCUGCACAACGUGCUCAGCAAGCUCUGCCUGUUCAACAGACUCAGCAGGCUCAACACGCUCAGCAUACCCCGGCCACCCACCAACCGCAGCCUCCACGACCACAGCAAGCCCAACAGCAGCAGCAGCAGCAGCAGCAGCAGCAGCAGCCGCCGCCGCGACCGGCUUCUCACAAACCGGUCCUUGUGCCUCCUCAGCAUGCGGGACAACUGGCACCUCCUUUACAGCCAGCUCCUCCACGACCAAGUGGCGAAACCAAUGCUCAAGCUCCUCAAGCUCGACCAACGUCAACCACGCCUGUGCCGCAUCCAAGCCGCCCUAUUCAACCGCCACAAGGCCAAGCACAGCAGGUUCCUCGUCAAAUUGCUUCAGCCUCGCCGACUCCUUCUGCAGGAAGCACAGCACCCCUCGCCGUCUGGUUCUCCUGCACCGCUGGCAUCGAAAGCGGAUAACAAGGCUUAUACUUCUCCUUAUGUUGCUCAACCCCCACGACCUGCGAUUCCUGAACAUAUUAUCCGCCAAGCCGUCAACACACCUGUCAAGCGGCUUGGAACACCUUCUACACCACAUACCCCAAUUUCAGCUACGCCAACACAUCUCACCCACGGUUUUGGAACUAGAUGGGCCUCACAAUCGACGCCUUCCACUCCACGUCCCCUUAGUGGGGAACCCCAAAGUCCCGCGUACGAGCCGGUUAGCCCUCCUCAAAAGCCGGCAGCCUUGCCCAGCUCUGCUGGCUCAACACCAAGACCUUCCAAGCGACAGGCGCCCAAGUCGGUACCGAAGACGGAGCCCAAUGUUCCCAAGUCUAUUCGAGGACGAUCGGCUCGGGCGGCACCCAAGAGCCGCGGGAUUAGUGCUACUCCGUCCUUGACUCGAUCCAGACGUAGUCAGUCUGUCAUGUCUCAUACGGAUGAUCACACGACGCAACCCUCUGAGUCGGCGCCCAAGAUUAAGGAUGAGGAUGCGACACCUCGGCCUACAGAGGAUACUGGUGAUACUACGGCAGACGAGAGUGUUCCCGGUCGACCCCUGAUUGUGACCCCGAGCAGCGUGUCGUCUCGACUGCAGAAGCGAAAGCGACAGGAUACGCCUCUGGAUCCUCCGCCAGCAACGACGCAAGUUCUGUGGACUCGUGGUUUCACCAAGGUUUCCUCGUCGGCUCUGGACCAGAUCUCGAGCCACCGUGAUGCCAAUAUGUUCGCAACUGCCCUUCGGGAAAAGGACGCGCCCAACUAUCACCAAAUUGUGCUGCAGCCACAGGAUAUAACGUCUAUCCGCUCUGCUAUCAAGCAUGGUAAUAAAGCAGCCGUUCAGGCUGCCGCGGGCCUACCAGGUGGUGACCCUGGCACUGCGCACGUGUGGUUGCCGCUCUCUGAUGAGCUUGUCCCUCCAAAGGGAAUCAUCAACAGCGCCCAGCUCGAACGUGAGCUUGUCCACAUGUUCUGCAAUGCCAUCAUGUACAACCCUGAUCCCGACCGCGGCCCUGGACCAGCAUUUAUGAAACGGUCCCAGGACGAGGAAGAAGAAGUAGUGGGCUAUCGCCUCGACGAGAACGGCGUGGUGAAGAACACCCGCAGCAUGUUCGUCGAGGUUGAGAAGCUCCUGGGCGAGCUACGGAGCGCGGAAAAGGAGCGCAGCGCGCCACCGCCGUCUACUAACCGUCCUGCAAGUGUUGCCACGCCCGCCGAGGAGACGGGCGAUGAUGAUGACGAGCCAGGUGAACGCGAGACGGGGACGGUUAAGAGACGUCGAAUUGGAACCAGGGGAUGA